AUGUACAACGAAGACGAGUACGGCUUCACCCGCACCAUGCACGCAGUCAUGAAGAACAUCAGCCACUUUUGCAGCCGAAACCGCAGUCGGACCUGGGGAGAGUUUGGUUGGCAGAAGAUUGUCGUCUGCAUCGUGUCAGACGGUCGCGAAAAGAUCCACCCACGCACCUUGGAUGCGCUGGCUGCCAUGGGUGUAUACCAGCACGGCAUCGCCAAGAACUACGUCAACCAGAAAGCGGUCCAGGCACACGUUUACGAAUAUACCACGCAGGUAUCGCUCGAUUCGGAUCUCAAGUUCAAGGGCGCUGAGAAGGGGAUCGUGCCGUGCCAGAUGAUCUUUUGUCUCAAGGAGAAGAACCAGAAGAAGCUCAACUCGCACCGUUGGUUCUUCAAUGCCUUCGGAAAAGCGCUCAACCCGAACGUCGUGUUCGGGUACAUUACGGUACUACCCGGCGCUCUCAGUGCCUACCGAUAUCAUGCGCUUCAGAACGACGAGACAGGCCACGGACCCCUCAGUCAGUAUUUCAAGGGAGAGACACUGCACGGCCAGCAUGCCGACGUGUUUACGGCGAAUAUGUAUCUCGCCGAGGAUCGUAUUCUAUGCUGGGAGCUGGUGGCCAAGCGGGGCGAAAGAUGGGUGUUGAAGUACGUCAAGGGCUGCACUGGCGAGACAGACGUGCCUGGUAUGUUUACGAAGCCCCUUUUCCGGCCGCCGACAUCUAACCAUUUGCAGAUACCGUCCCCGAGUUUGUCUCGCAGCGACGUCGUUGGCUCAACGGUGCCUUCUUCGCGGCUGUCUACUCGCUGGUUCACUUCAGGCAAAUCUGGCAGACGGACCACACCAUCGCUCGGAAGAUCCUGCUACACAUCGAGUUUGUGUACCAGUUCAUCCAGCUCAUCUUUACGUAUCUGUCGCUUGCCAACUUCUACCUGA